CCUCCUCCGCCAUUGCUGUCACCCGGCUCCAUGUCCGCCCCGGGCAUGGACUGGUUCCACUGCAACCGCUGCUUCUGCCAAGAGGGCGCCCGCUUCUCCGUCACCAGCUGCGGCCACAUCCUCUGCCGCCAGUGCGCAGGCACCGACAAGUGCCCCGUGUGCGGAGCCGCCUGCCGCCACCUCCCCGUCUCCGAGGAGAUGCAGCCACGGGAGCAGCUCUUCUUCCGGAGCCCCGCGGCCGUCGCCCUGAAGCACUUGGCCCAUGUCUCGCAGGCUUGGCGCUUCCAGCGCGCGCAGGCCGACCUGCUGCUGUCCCACCACCGCGCCGAGGCGCGCCGGGCCCAGGCCGCCCUGCGGGACGCCCGCCAGGCCCUGGCCGCCCGCCACAGGUGA